AUGAAGGUCACAAGUAUUUUAAUGUCAUGCAUCGCCGUCGUCGGUUUAGUCAAUGCUAAGUCUAAUGAUUCUAACAGUUCCAGUUCGAAGAACGCUGCUGUUGCCAUUGGUGGUGCUAACAACGCUAUCAGUGCAGGUGUGUUAGGUGCCGCUAUUGCUGGUGCCGCUGCAUUUUUGAUGUAG